AUGGCCAAUUAUCUGAUAUCUUCAAAUUUGAACACUCAACAAACUGCGACCUCCUCUAACAUUGAUGAUGCAAGCAACCCCAGGAAGAGGCAGCGAACUGCUUGUGAUAGGUGCAAAAGCAGGAAACAAAGGUGUGAUAAUGCAUAUCCACAAUGCACCAAUUGCGCAAAGGCCGGCAAGGAUUGCAACAAACCGCCGGAGACCGAAGCAUUAAAUGGCUCGUAUACACGUGCCCUUGAAGACCAGGUUGCAUACCUUGAGCAACGUCUGAUGGCUAUGGAAGAACAGCAAACUCGUGCUUCCUCAGCUUCGACCACAAAUAACCUGCCUUCUCCCGCCCAUGCCAAUUGUCCAUUGACGCCAAAUGUCCUCGCUAAUGAUGCUGCUAACACUCAGGAGCUUGCAUCUCCUUUCCGACAUGAAGUCAAUGUCGCAGACGUCGUGGGAUUACUAUCUCUUGGCAAUGGCAAUGCCGAAUAUGUUGGUUCUUCAUCAGGCUUUGCACUGGCGACCGAUCUCGGACGCAUGGUGCAAGCUACGGUAUGGAACAAAGCUCUAUGGUUGCCCACACCUUCUGGCUCUGAAUCCGAGAGACGCUCAUCAAACUCUGAUAUAAGGAAGAUAACUUUGCAAGAGCUCCAAUCAAAAGCGAAGCCAGUAUCUGAUGCUCUAGGUACGCGACUGAUUUCCACAUAUCUAGUCCGUAUACAUCCAAGGUUCCCGUUUCUGUUCCCUUCCGACCUGCGGGAGAUUCAUCUUCGCCAACAAAUUACUGGGUCAUGUGGAUUUGCCCUUUUCGUUUUGAACAUGGUGUACGCUAUAGGCGCUUUGAAUCUACGCCUUACAGAUCAGAAUUACAAGGAAGUGCCUCCGGAGCAGUUCUACAUCUCUGCGAUGCAGCACGUCGCGAGCGUAAGGGAAGCAUCACCCAUUGAUAACCUUCAAGCGUUGGUCCUUCUCAUUCUGUAUCAUUUACGAUCAGAAUCUCGCAACGGACUUUGGCAUUUAACAGGACUGGCUAUGCGAACGGUGACUGAUAUUGGUCUGCACCGAGAGGCAUCGACUAGGAAGCUGGCCCCUCUCGAGAAACAGCUUCGACGCCGCUUGUUCUGGUCUGUGUAUGCUCUUGAGAGCAUCCUUGCUGGGGCUCUAGGAAGACCAAUUAGCUUGUCUGAUUGCGACAUCGAUCAGCCGCUACCGUUGAGCAUCAGCGAUAACGACCGUAUGCAAGGACGUGACAUCAGCCACUCGCCUGAUACUCCUACACCAGGUCAGGAGGCGUAUCCACCGUCCAACUUGAGUCAAUUCAUCUUGUUGUCACAACUUCGAACUUUCGAGGCUCGUAUACAGCGCACGAUUUAUCGAGUUGAUCGGACGACGAGCGCUCUGCAACCGAAAAUGCAUCGCCUGAUAUCAGAGCUCGAUGCAUGGCGGCAGAUCAUUCCUUCUAGCUUACAGCCUAGUGAACACGAACGCCUCAUGCUCCAUUUCCACCGUGAUGUGCGGCUUCUUCUACAACCUUUUUUGUCCAUAUUGGAACCAAGCUCGGAGCUCUUCCGCAGAUGUGUGGACGCAGCUGGGCAGGUCUGUCAGAUACACAAGCGUCUGCACCAAACUCCUGAAUAUGGACACAGUUUCGUUGCAGUACAUACUGUUUUCGUGUCGGGCAUAACUCUACUCUUUGCGCUUUGGAAGGGAAGCAACUGGUCGUUCAGCAUUAGCAAUGACAUUCGCGCAGCUAGCUGUGUCUUGGCAAUCAUGGGCGAACGAGCGCCGUGGAUCAGACGGUUCCGUGAUGAGUUUGAUGCUCUGACAGAGGCAACUAUGGCAGCUCUGCAGAAUGCAAAUUGUGAAACUAGUGCUGAAGAAAGGUUUGAGACAGCAGUGCCAGCACCUGAUUUCACUACUUUUGAUGGACUAGGCAUGACGGAUGCUGCAGCACUAGAGAUGGUUAGAGAGCUGUCGGAGUGGUUUCAAACGUAG